AUGCGGAGAGAUGGGAUAAACAAACUGAACCUUGAAAUGGUUCCUAAGAAAACUUUACGUACUCCCAAAGUGAAAGCAUCACCAAAGUCUUCAUCCCAUUUACAAUCACGUCCGUUGUCUAAUGAAGAAGAUAAAAAGAAAGUUGUUAAGUCUGCAGACAGUGCAUUGGGUAAAUACACCUCUAGCAGCAAAAAGUUGUUGCACAUAGUAGAAGCAGAAACUGUUGGGAAAAAUCAGAAAAAGACAUUGAGAAAAGGUAAGAUAGGUGUUUCUAAUGAUAAUAAUUCUUCGGCAGUGAAACUGAAGUUCUGGAGGGGCAAGAUAGUUGAUCUCCAACAAGAAACCAGCAGCCCUAGGAGGCUGACAUUUAGAUGGGGACGACAUAUGGGUGAAAGCCAGGACAGCAAUAUAAGAAAGAGAAUCUUUAAAAAGAAAGGAGUUGAUCGUGACAAAAGUAAUACCAUCCCUAUCUCGGGAAAAAUUAUUUUGAGGCAUCAGGAUGUGCAAGAAAAGAAAGAUGUGCAGGGUUUGUUGAAUAAUGUGAUUGAAGAGACGGGGAGUAAGCUUGUUGAAACCGGGAAGAGCAAGGUUAAAGCUUUGGUGGGAGCUUUUGAGACAGUGAUUUCCCUCCACAAUAAACCUGCUGCUGUCACAAUUUCUUGA